GUACGCAUGACAGCACGCCUAUGCCAGUUUGUGUGUGUGUGUGAGUGCCGGUCGAUCGGUCAGUCAAGGGAACGUCCACCAAACUCUAAAAUGGAUACGAGAGCACACCUGGCCUAACAGAUCACCUAUGGACACACGACCUAAGGCACACCAUGGGCUCUAGGCUAAGAGAAAACCCUGAGAGAACAUUCUACUGGUUCUUCGAGGCCUCCUGCCCCAUAGCCCGGGACAAAGAUCCAGGGUUGCUGUUUCAAUUUCCAGAUGACUUUAGUGAUGAGGAGGCCCGACUGUCCCUACCACGUUUCUGUUUUCCCUACGACAUCGAGAGGGUCAGGGAGACUGUGGCUGUGCAGCACUUCACAUUUGUGCUGACGGAUCUGGAGGGGUGCCAACGCUUUGGCUUCUGCAGACUCACAUCCAGCUCCCACACAUGCCUGUGCAUCCUCAGUUACCUACCGUGGUUUGAGGUAUUUUACAAACUCCUAAAUAACCUUGCCGACUACUUGACUAAAGGACAAACCAAUGAGAUGCGAGAGCUUCUGGCCAGCCUCUACAAACACCCACUCCCAUUGGCCAGUUCUGCUGUCACUCUGCAACUGGGAGACAAGCUACAAAUCAGAACCGAGGUCCCACAUCACGAUGGAAUCCACCCCUCAACACAAGGAGAGGGGUCUGAAGGGAUUCCAUACUUCAUCGCACCUGACCCCAAGGGCCUGCCGUCCAUUCCGGAGAGUAGGAACCUGACAGAGCUGAUGGUGGCAGUAGAUGUGGGGAAUCUGCUUCAGCUCUAUGCCAGCAUGCUGUUUGAGAGACGCAUCCUUAUCUACAGCAGUAAACUCAGCACGCUAACAGCAUGUGUGCACGCCUGCUGUGGGAUUCUCUACCCCAUGUACUGGCAGCACAUCUUCAUCCCCGUGCUGCCUCCUCACCUGCUGGACUACUGCUGUGCUCCCAUGCCCUACCUGAUAGGAGUCCACUCCAGCCUGACUGAGAGGGUGAGAAGUCGUGCCCUGGAGGAUGUAGUCAUCCUGAAUGUGGACACCAACACCAUGGAAACGCCCUUUGAUGACCUGAAGAGGAUUCCGCCUGAUGUGGUGACAGCUCUGAAGGUGCGUCUAAAGAAGCAGUCUGCAUCCCCAGGCUGUGGCGUGGCUCGGGCGUUCCUCCGUGCUCAGGCCGUGCUCUUCGGAGGCUACAGGGAUGCACUGCUCUACACUGAGGAGGGUGUUUUCUCUUUCAGUGAGGAGUCCUUUCUGAAUCACAAAUCCUCUGUCAUGAGGCAGUUUCUGGAGAGUGCCAUCCACCUGCAGUUCUUCAAACAGUUCAUUGACAGUCGUCUGGAACAGCUAAACAAGGGACAGGAGCCUGACGACCUUUAUGAGGAGGAAAUCCUGCAGUGUGGCGCAGCAGCAAACCAUAAGUCCUACCAGCAGUGGAUGGACAAUCUGAAGAAAGGAGGUGGGGCUCUCCUUCUGACGGUGAAGUCCAAGGCCCACAUGUACAAGAGUGGCAAAAGCCAUAAUAAAUUCGGACUGAGAAACAUCCUGUCUUCCAAGGACAAUGAAGUCUGCCAUCUCCAGAGAGGUGGGUCUAUGACAGGGACUCACCGCCGCAUCCAAUCAGAUUGCUUACAGAACCGUCUGCCAAUCACGCAGCACUUUGGCCGGUCUCGUCCCCGCCGGCCCAACCGCAAACAGAUGGACCACCGCGGAGAUGGGAAUAGGCCCGCUUGGGAGGAUGGGUCGCCAGCUGGUUCCGCUGAGCAGAGCUCAGCAGAUGGGGAGGACGCGCCGUUCCACCUGUACCUGGAGGAGGAGGAGCCGGAGUCUCCGCCGCCACUACCCGACCCCGAGGAGAUGGACCUGCUGGGGGAGAUCUUCGACACGCUCAGCGCCCAAAGCUCCAGCGAGCGAGGCCUGCUCUACGCCACGCGCAGCCUCGACCUGUUCGGCCCCGACAGCAGUGCCGACUUCAUCUCACGGACAUCACUGGCCACACCCAGCCAGGAGAGUCUCAACCAAUCCAUGGACAGGAGUGGCAGCCUGCGCAGCUGGGGGGAGGGGCUAGAGGAAGAAGAGGAGGGGCAGGAGGAGGAGUCGCACACCAGGAAAGCAAAUACGAAAGAUGCUACGACCAAUCAGGAGCAAGACCGCAAGGAUGAUCUCACGGCCCGAUGGCCGACUGGAAAGGACAAUCGGUUGAGUGCUGAGGGAGAGGGGGUCGUUGGGGAGGGAGGGAGUGCCUUUAGGGUGGAGACAAAUUAUCACCUUGUGGUCACAAACUGUCCCCAAGCAGAGGGAGAGAUGGACAGAGAGGUGGAAGGGACGCAACAGGUGAAGAAGAAGAGGAGGGACAACGAGGAAGAAAAGGAUGAGAUGGAAGCACAGGAGAAGGAAGGAGAAAAGGAUGAAGAAGAUGGAGGAGGAGGAGGAGGAGGAGGAGAAGAGCAGCCAAGGCCUGAAAAACGUCAAGAAUCAGUGGCCCUGAUAGGUAGCAGCCAAGUCACACAGGGUCCAGGAACCGAGGGCCAGUCUGAAGAUCCAGGGCUCUCACCUGCUGACUCUGCCCAGAGGAACAGGCUCGCACCUGGGGAGAAGACACCCACUGGGCCGAAAAGUCCGUUGGGUCAAAGGGCAAUGGUGGACAGAGACGCCAAAGAGACAUGCAACUCCUCUUCUCCAAGGGUCAUGUCCGCCAUGGAGCGCUUCCAGGUCCGUGACCUCCACACAGGGAGGGCCCAGACCAGGGGCUCGCCUGAGCAAGGGUGGCCAGGCGCUGGCCCCCGAGGCUGGGACACUGCUCUGAGGAAGAGCUCCUGGGAGGUUACCGUGCCACAUUCAGCUAACGGCCUCCUGACAGCCAGCGCAGCAACGGAAGUUCCCCAGGACGCAUCUCCCGUGAAGGUCUCCGAGCUGAAGAAGAGAUUUGAACAUUGAAAUCGAUUGGGUCUCACGCACCAAAUGAUGCCAGUUCGCUGAUAUGACAGAAUCAGAAAAAAAUAAACCAGCAAAGAAAUUUCACCAGUGUGCGGUGAUCCUUCACUUUCCUUUUAAUCUAUUGACGACUGCACCUCACCAGCACCUGGAAGGCUGUGCACAGGAACUUUAUCCUUUUUAGUAUGACAGAAUCAGUAUUAAUGCUUUGUUUAUUGGAUCCAUACAAGGUGAAAUGUCUUGUACUGCCACUAGGUGUCCUGCCACCCCACGCUGGCCUGCGAGUGAAAGAGGAGGUUUUAUCAAUCAUUUGAUGUACUGACCUAAUGAUAUGAAACCAAUGAUAUGGUGAACUUUCAACUGUUGAAAUGCUCUGACAUUAGAGGCUUGUGAGAUGCAAUGACUUUCCAGUAGGAAAGUAGACCUGUAAGCCUCUGGACCUGUUUGGAUGUUUCAUUUGAUGAUAUUGAACUGCAUUUGAUGAGACUGCCUGCAUUAUAUAAUCAUAAAGUCUGUUAGAAACAUUUUAAA